AUGGCCACCGUCAACACCAAGACCGGCCAGGCCGUCGACCGCACGGUGCUGGACUCCAUGCUCCGCCGCCGCAUGUUCUACACCCCCUCCUUCGAAAUUUACGGUGGUGUGUCCGGUCUGUACGAUUAUGGCCCACCUGGAACCGCCCUGAUCGCCAACAUGACCGACUUGUGGCGCAAGCACUUCGUACUCGAGGAGGAUAUGCUCGAGGUCGACACCACCAUGCUGACCCCCCACGAGAUUCUCAAGACCAGUGGACAUGUGGACAAGUUCGCCGACUGGAUGUGCAAGGACCCCAAGACUGGCGAGAUCUUCCGUGCCGACCACUUGGUUGAGGAGGUGCUCGAGGCCCGCCUCAACGGUGACAAGCAGGCGCGCGGCGAGAAAGUUGAAGUGGACGAGGAGAAGGAGGCCAAGAAGAAGAGAAAGGCCAAGGGCACCGAGGCCAAGAAGCUGGAUGAUGCCUUGGUCAAGGAGUACGAGGAGACCCUCGCACAGAUUGACAACUUCGGUGGUCCCGAACUGGAGCAGCUUAUCAAGAAGCACGACAUCCGCAACCCCGUCACCGGCGGCGAGGUGCUGCCUCCGGUCUCCUUCAACCUCAUGUUCCAGACCUCCAUUGGCCCCAGCGCCAACAUGCCUGGAUACCUGCGUCCCGAGACCGCCCAGGGUCAGUUCCUGAACUUCGCUAAGCUCCUGGAGUUCAACCAGCAGUCGAUGCCGUUCGCCUCUGCUUCCAUUGGCAAGUCGUUCCAGGGUGGCAAGAAGCACGCUCGCUUCGAUGAGGUCAAGGAUACUGAGUUGACCUUGCUCGACCGUAACGUGCAGCUGUCCGGCAGCACCAAGCUGACCACGAUGACCGUCGGCAAGGCCGUUGAGACUGGACUGGUCGACAACGAGACUCUGGGCUAUUUCUUGGCCCGCAUUCAGUCCUUCCUGUUGAAGCUGGGUGUUGACCCUACUAAGCUGCGCUUCCGUCAGCACAUGGCCAAUGAGAUGGCUCACUACGCUACUGACUGCUGGGAUGCCGAGCUGCAGACCAGCUACGGCUGGAUCGAGUGUGUUGGUUGUGCUGACCGCUCCGCUUACGACCUGACUGUCCACAAAGACAAGACCGGUGCCCCUCUCGUGGUGCGCCAGGCUCGUGCCGAGCCUCUGCGUAUCGAGGAGUACCAGGUUAACAUUGAGAAGAAGAAGUUCGGUCCCAAGUUCAAGAAGGAUGCCAAGACUGUCGAGGCAGCUGUUGAGGCUCUGUCCCAGGAGCUGCGCGAGAAGCUGUCUCUUGACCUCGAGAAGGAUGGUAAAAUUGAGGUCGACGUUGAGGGUGUUGGAUCUGGCAAGGUUGAGAUCGAGAAGGACCUGAUCAAGAUUGAGAAGCGCACCCGUGUUGACAAUGUCCGCGAGUACACCCCCAACGUGAUCGAGCCCUCCUUCGGUAUUGGACGUAUUAUGUACAGUAUUAUCGAGCACUCCUACUGGUCCCGUGCCGGUGAUGAGACCCGUGGUGUCCUUUCUUUCCCUCCUACUAUUGCCCCCACAAAGGUCCUGCUGGUUCCCCUCUCCACUCACGCCUCCUUCAAGCCUCUGACCCAGCGUCUGACCUCGAAGCUGCGCAAGGCCGGUGUCUCCAACCGUGUUGAUGACUCUUCCGCCAGUAUCGGCAAGCGUUACUCUCGCAACGACGAGCUGGGCACACCCUUCGGUAUCACUGUUGACUUCCAGUCCGUUCAGGACAGCACCUUCACCCUGCGUGACCGCGAUACCACCAAGCAGGUCCGUGCCAGCGAGGACGAGAUCCUGCAAGCUGUCAAGUCUCUUGUUGAGGGCGACGAGACAUGGGAGGAUAUCCGCAAGCGCCUGCCCGAGUUCACUUCCCAGGAAAUCGAGGCUUAG